GCAUUAUCAGUAGUAAGCGAAGACCAGUCCUUGUUUGAGUGUGCCUACGGAACGCCACACCUUACUAAGACAGAGAUGACUGCCUCCUCUUCCAGCGAAUAUGGGCAGACAUCAAAGAUGAGUCCGCGUGUCCCCCAGCAAGACUGGUUAUCACAACCACCAGCUAGAGUCACCAUCAAGAUGGAAUGUAACCCAAAUCAGAUUAAUGGGUCAAGGAAUUCCCCUGAUGACUGCAGCGUGGCAAAAGGAGGGAAGAUGGUCAGUGGCUCAGACAAUGUCGGGAUGAACUAUGGAAGCUAUAUGGAAGAGAAACAUGUUCCACCACCAAAUAUGACAACUAAUGAACGAAGAGUGAUUGUUCCAGCAGAUCCUACAUUAUGGAGUACCGACCAUGUACGUCAGUGGUUGGAAUGGGCCGUGAAGGAAUAUGGUCUUCCAGACGUUGACAUCUUGUUGUUCCAGAACAUUGAUGGGAAGGAACUGUGUAAAAUGACCAAAGAUGACUUCCAGAGACUCACCCCAAGCUAUAAUGCAGAUAUCCUCCUCUCACACCUACACUACCUCAGAGAGAGGGGUGCAGCUUUUAUUUUCCCAAAUACUUCAGUUUAUCCAGAAGCAACACAAAGAAUUACAACCAGGCCAGAUUUAUCAUAUGAACAAGCCAGAAGGUCAGCAUGGACAAGUCAUAGUCACCCUGCUCCUCAAUCAAAAGCUACCCAACCAUCAUCAUCAACAGUGCCCAAAACAGAAGACCAGCGACCUCAGUUAGAUCCAUAUCAGAUUCUUGGACCAACCAGCAGCCGUCUUGCAAAUCCAGGGAGUGGACAGAUACAACUGUGGCAGUUUCUGCUGGAACUCCUGUCUGAUAGCUCCAAUUCCAAUUGCAUUACCUGGGAGGGCACCAAUGGAGAGUUCAAGAUGACUGACCCUGAUGAAGUAGCCCGGCGCUGGGGAGAAAGGAAAAGCAAACCCAACAUGAACUAUGACAAACUCAGUCGUGCACUCCGUUACUACUAUGACAAAAAUAUUAUGACUAAAGUCCAUGGUAAGCGUUAUGCCUACAAGUUUGACUUCCAUGGAAUAGCUCAGGCCCUCCAGCCUCAUCCUCCAGAGUCAUCCAUGUAUAAGUAUCCAACAGACCUACCCUACAUGAGCCCCUACCAUGCACACCCUCAGAAGAUGAACUUUGUAGCUCCCCAUCCUCCUGCUUUACCUGUAACUUCCUCCAGCUUUUUUGCUGCCCCUACUACAUACUGGAAUUCACCAACUGGAAGUAUCUACCCUAAUACUAGGCUUCCAGCCACCCAUAUGCCUUCUCACCUUGGCACCUACUACUAA